CGCCGGCCGGCCGGCGGCCGGCGGCAUGCAGUUAGCGCUAUACGGAAGACCGUAGUAGUAAUCACACUUGGCGAGGACCAUUUAGUGUUGGAACUAAGAUGGCUCAAGUAAUUCAAGAAUACCUACAAAGAUGGGAUCAAUUUGUUGAUAAACAUAAAGAUCCUCGUGUGGAUGACUGGUUAUUAAUGGACAGUGUCUGGCCCGGAACCUUCUUGGUUCUGGUCUAUCUGUUCAUUGUUUGGGUAGGACCCAAACUGAUGGAGAAACGACAACCCUUCCAACUCAGAGAAGUCCUCAUGGCUUACAACUUUGCAAUGGUGCUGCUAUCGCUGUACAUGGUGAUUGAUGUCUAUUUCCAACAUUAUGAUCCCCAGUUUGGUCGUGGAGGCUGGUUGAAUGGCUACACUUAUGGCUGUCAACUUGUGGAUUAUAGCAACAGCCCUCAGGCAAUGACAAUGCUCAAUGUAUGCUGGUGGUUUUACUUCUCCAAAUUCAUUGAGAUGUGGGACACAUUCUUCUUUAUACUUCGGAAGAAGAAGGCCCAGAUAUCGUUUCUGCAUGUAUUUCAUCAUGCCAUUAUGCCUUUCACUUGGUGGAUCGGAGUACGCUUCGUAGGAGGUGGAUUUGGUACCUUCCAUGCAUUUUUAAACAGUUUUAUCCAUUUCUUGAUGUACAUCUACUAUGGCCUUGCUGCAAUUGGUCCUCAUAUGCACAAGUAUUUGUGGUGGAAGAAAUACAUGACAAAGAUGCAACUAAUCCAGUUCACUCUGGUAAUGUUACACUGCAGUCAGCUUCUAUUCAUCGAGUGCCCAUACCCCAAGGUCUUUGUAUGGAUCAUAGCUAGCUAUGGGUUCAUCUUCUUUGUUCUCUUCUUACACUUCUACAUAGCAGCUUACCUCAAGAAAGGUAAACCCACCAUGCUCUAUGGGAAUGGAGACUCUAAGGUUGAACAUAAUGGCGAUGGACGGCACGGUAGCAAGACAGAUUCUAACAGCAAUGGUUAUCAUAAGUUGGAUUAAUGUAUGGUCUUGAUUUAUAGUUUCAGAGGUUCAGGGUAUAGAAGACUAUAAGAGCCCAGGACCAUAGAGGUUGGAACCAACAUGAUAUCAGGAUGAUAUCCAUCAUGUCAUUGUUGACAAGUGGCCUUGUGUCAGAUCAUCAAUGCAUUUCAUCACUCUAGUACAUUACCUUGGAAAGUUCUUACAUCACUGUGAACUAUAAUUAUUGAAGGUCACCUUGAUAUUAAUACCUCACUCAUGUUGCAAAGGCAGCACUAGCAGCAUGGCAUGUCUCAUGACAUAAAGUAUUUCAAUUAGAGCAAUCAUCUUGAUCAAGUCAAGUUUAGUAGACUAUAUCA